AGGAAAUACUCUCUCCCACCCCACUUCAACACCCUCUCUUCUUUAAAUCAAAUCUCAUCCUGGGUUAUCGACUCCAUAAUUGACGUUUUCUUUCCACUCGAGACCUGUAGAAAAGGAAAAGAAAGAAGAAAAGAAGAAGAUGAUGCAUCGUCAUAUAGCAACCAAGAGCAAUCUUGUCGAUUCAAGUCCUGAAACAAACAACAACGUUAACUGUCUCCCUCUCUGCCCCAAGCCUCGUCGUCCUAGACCCACCAUCCCCAAUUUCCUCGUCCCUCUCAGAUGCGCUGAUCGCAUCCACAGCCAAUCGAGUGGCGAAGGAAGAAAUGGGAUUCUGAAUAUCAUUGCUGGAAAGAAUGUUGAAGGGAGAGAUUGCUUGUGCUCCAAUUGCUACCCAUCGUGUUAUUCGGGUUCGCCUCCACGAAGAACAGAGAAUCCGCUCGUUCACGACGUGUAUUUCCUUCAUCAAAUGGAGCUUCUUUCACCAUUUUCGCACACCAAGCUCUCGGAGAAGUUCAGCUUGACCUCUGCCUCUCCCACAUGAAUAGAAACAAAUAUGUCAUUUGCUCGCAAGGGGUGGACAGAGAUUUGGUUAUUUUACGUAGCUUUGUAUUAGUGAGUUUACUUGUACAAUCUUGAUUUCUUGAGUCGUGGAUCUUCGUAAUGUAAAUACA